AUGUCUCCUUUAGCUGCCCCGCAGCCCCUGAGCCUCGUGUUUCUUUUGGGGUUGGGGAUGGCAUCAGAGAGGACCAGCUGCCCGAGCAGGUGUAGCUGUCAGUACCUGGAAGUGAACUGCACAGGGCAGCAGUUGCAGGAGUUCCCUGAAGCCAUCCCACUGGACACCAGGCAGCUGAUUCUGGCAGCAAACAACGUCUCUUACCUGCCAGCUGUGGAGCUGAGCUUCUUGGCUGAUUUGGUCUAUCUGGACUGCAGGAAGAACCUCUUGGGGGAUGACCUGGAUUUCACUUUCAUUGGUGUGGCCAAGCUUGUCUAUCUGGACCUCAGCUUCAACAACCUGACACAGGUCACCUUUAGCACCUUCUCACACCUCCUCAGCCUGGUAGUGCUGAAGAUCUCAGACAACCCCAACCUUGUGGCCAUUGAGAAGGAUGCUUUCACCAAUAACACCUGGCUGAGGCACCUGGAUGUGAGCCGGACAGGACUGACAUUCCUGGACACCAGCACUGUCCAGGACCUGCCCAACCUGAGGUUUCUGGGGCUCAGCAACAACCUGUGGCACUGCAACUGUUCCUUUUUGGACUUCAUCACCUGGAUGACAGAGAGCGACGUUCACUUUCCAGAUGCUGACAACAUCACCUGCUACACCCCAGGAAGCCUGCGUGCCCUGAAAAUGCCUGCAGUGGAGGCACAGCUCCACUUCAGCUGCCUGACCCAGCUGCACAAGCAAGACUACAUCUUUCUUUGCCUCGUUGGCCUCUGCAUAUUCUUUGCUGGUACCAUGGCAGCCUGGCUGGCUGGCAUCUGUGCUGUCCUCUACAAAGUCCACACUUCCAAGGGGGGGGAGGAGGAGGAGGAAGACACAAUUGCUUAG